AUGGCAGCGCCAAAAAUUGCCACAGCCACUCGAAUCAUUCCCACAAGCGCUCAUAUUCUUUACAAAGAAGGGCACUGGCAGAUUCGGGAAUCGAUUGGGAAGUUUAUCGAGCGUGAAGUGAAUCCAUACGUGAAAGAAUGGGAAAACAACUGCCUUUUCCCCGCUCAUUCACUCUUUCGAAGUCUCGGUCAACUUGGAGUCUUUGCCGUCAAUAAAUCAAUUGACUGUGGUGGAUUGGGGCUUGACUGUUCGUAUUCGAUUGCAGUUGCUGAAGAGAUGGGCACAGUGAGAUGUGGAUCAAUACCAAUGGCUGUAGCUGUACAGAGUGAUAUGGCCACUCCAGCGUUGGCUUUGUACGGAUCUGAGCGCUUGAAAGCAGAAUUUCUGCGGCCAACGAUAAAUGGAGAACUGGUAUCCUGCAUUGCUGUGAGUGAGCUACAUGCUGGAAGUGAUGUUUCUGCCAUUAGAACCAGAGCACAAAAGAUUGGUGACGAUUACGUGUUGAAUGGGACGAAAACAUGGAUCACAAAUGGGAUUCAAGCCGACUGGGCUUGUGUCUUAGCUAGCACGAGUGCUGAUCCACCACAUAAAAAUAAGAGCCUCUUCGUUGUGCCGUUAAAUUCGCCAGGAGUUCAUCGAAGUCGAGUAGCGCACAAGCUGGGUAUGCACUCGUCGGAUACGGCUACUUUGUUCUUUGAGAAUGUUCGUGUACCGGCUCAUCAUCUUAUUGGCAAAGAAGGGAAAGGAUUCGAAUACCAAAUGCAGCAAUUCCAAGACGAGCGUUUAGUGACGAUUGCUGUUUUGUUGAAACCGAUGGAAAGAUGUGUGGAAAUGACGAGAGAAUACACUAAAGAAAGACAUGUUUUUGGAAAACCGAUAUAUGAGAAUCAGGUUGUACACUAUCGUUUGGCUGAGUUACAGACAGAAAUUGAAUCGCUUCGAGCAUUGCUUUAUCGAGCCGUUUUGGAAAGAAUGGCAGGCACAGACGUGACUCUGCUGGCGAGUAUGGGUAAACUCAAAGCCGGCAGAUUGGCAAGAGCCGUCACGGAUCAAUGUCUACAGUACUGGGGCGGUGUCGGGUAUACAUGGGAGAAUGAAGUGACAAGAUUGUACCGAGAUCUUCGUCUACACUCGAUUGGCGCCGGAGCUGAUGAGAUCAUGUUGUCAAUCAUUUCCCGCAUGAUGGACACGAAA